AUGAUUUCCACAGUUGUCUUAGGUAUUUCAUACAGUUUCAUCGAGUAUUAUGCAAGUUGCGUUUUGUUUUCAGUUUGUCUUUCCUUUUUGUCCGUUCACUGUCAAAACUCUGCGGGCAACAUUUACGGCUACGAUACCAGUAAUACCGGAAACUCUGAUAAUGGGUUGUUCUUGGUACAAAACCCUAAUUAUCAGUUCUUGAACGAUCAACUUGCCAACGAAUACUCUCAGACUUAUCUCGAAGAGCUCAGGAGUUACGAACAGCAACGUGAGUUCCUAAAGUUGUUGUAUUUUGAAAACAAAUAAUAUUUUGAUUUCCAGAAGGAAUUUCAACAAGUGGUUCCGGUUCGGGAAGUUCAAGCUCUAAUGGGAUUGUCACCAGCUCUUCUAGUGUCCCAGCCACGGGAUAUUACACCGGACCAGCUCUCUCUAAUACGCAACAAAAUCAAGUCAACUAUCAGCAAAUUGUACAGAGGAAUCCGUCAAGCUACUCGACUACUGGAUCUUCCUCCUCUAGCAGCAACAUUUAUGGGUACGCCUACAGCUCUGGAAGCACUGGGAGCUCAACUGGAAGUAACACUUACAACAACCAAGUUCUGUAUUCCGGUAAGCCAAUUCAAGAUAACGUUUGAACCAAAUUUUGAGAGUUACAGCUCCAUCUGCCACAGCUCAACCGUACGUGUACCCAUUCGGCCAGUACGCUCCAUCCGGAUCAUCCAGCUCAAACCCAGUGCUCCGUGAUCAGAGCUCCAACUUCAACACCUUCAGCUCCACGGUUUCUCCCUUGUCUUCUUCCUCCAACCUCGGCACCGGUAACUAUUACACCGGACGUACUUACACCUUGUUCGACCAACCGCAAAAUGCCCAAACCGGAUAUGUCAGUGCAUCUGACCUUAAGACGACCAGACUUCGUGACCAAGCAGCUCCGGCCACCCUGAAUCUCCGUGGAACUGGACCACUUCCGGGUCCAGCUCUUAACAGCGCCUCUUCCAAUUCUGGAGUGUUCCGUGACGCCGGAUCGAACGAUAUUUUCUAUGGAAACGCUAAUUCGAAUACGAACACAAACACAAACACCAAUACGAAUAGCAACGGGCAGACUGUUUACAGGUUCUCUUCAAGAUUUUUUGACGUUGCUGGAAAUAAUACCGAAAUGUACUAUCCUUACCGGUGAGUGGAGUUGCACCAAUGUUCACCCACUCACCGUAACUUUUUACUAAACUGAUUUUUGAACAUUUACUUUUAAAGAGUCAUAUUUUCAGCACAUCUACCAACUACAAUCUGCCAACUGGAUCAUCGUCAAGCUCAUUUGGUACAGCAGGAACUGGAGUGCAAUUCGAUCAGCCGAGCACUACGACAAUGAGCACAACGGGUAGAUAGACAAAACACGCUACAGUAACCUUCUUGCCACGUUACAUACCUCACCUCACUUCACUAUUUUUGCAUUCAUUUUGCACUUGAGCUCCUUCCAAACCUUCUCUCAGACUGUACACACAUUUAUUUGUCUUUCCAACGCAAUCCUCCCACCCGACGUGUUGUCUCUUUCCAUCUGUUUUGUAAAUAAACCUUCACCCACCCAGCUAACAAGAGUAAAUACUUUCUUACUCCGACAAGCAACACACAAACAAAAAAAAAGUUAUUUUAGCGAGAUGCGCCCUUUCGGAUCCGUACUGGUGCCAAGAAUAUGUGCAGGUUUACUUGAGCUCCAGACAACAAUAUGACGGGGUUUCUACUCAGGUAACAGUUGCGGGAGUACGGUAGAAAUGCAAAAAUAGUUUACAGCAAUCCUGCCCAUCUCUGAUCGCUUCACUUGUCGAGAGUUACAAUGGAUGUUGUGCAGCGGUUCGAGCCGCCGGCUGCCAAAUGUCAUAA